GUGAUCAUGAAGUCAACUAAAGUAUGUUUCCAACAAGUGCUUUCUGCUUUUUGUUAGAAAAAUGGAUAAUGAUCUUCCAUAAAAUGUCAGAUUGUCAUCCCAAAUGGACCAUCUCUACUAACCAAAACAUAAUCUCAGAUUAGUCUUAAGCAUUCUGUGACUUAAUCAUGGUUUGCUGUGAAAAAAUGGAACUGAAACCUCAUGUUUUCAUUGUUUUCACCUGCUUGUUGGUGUUGUGUACUGGUUCUCUCAAUGUCAUAGCCACAAAUAGCACUUUGAAACAAGGAGAUACAUUGAAUGACACGGGAAAACUAUGUUCUGUAGAAGGUAAAUAUUGCAUGGAUUUUGUUGUAGGUUACCUGCGUAUAUAUGCUGGAGGAAAAGAUGGAUGGUUAGUCUGGUUGGCUAACAGAAAUCAACCUGUUGACCCUGGUUCUGCAACUCUAUCACUGAACCACUCUGGUGUACUAAAACUAGAAUCCAAAAAUGAGACAUCAGUAAUCCUUUACUCUCCACCUCAGCCAGUGAACAACACAGUGGCCACUUUGUUAGACACAGGAAACUUUGUGCUGCAACAAUUUCACCCCAAUGGAACAAAGAACAUGCUGUGGCAAAGUUUUGAUUAUCCCACUGACACUUAUCUGCCUGGGAUGAAGUUAGGUGUUAAUCUCAAAACUGGUCAUAACUGGUCACUGGUUUCGAGCUUCAGUGGUUCGAUCCCAACUCCCGGUCCAUUCAGGCUUGAUUGGGAGCCAAAAACAAAAGAACUAGUCAUUAAGAGAGGAGAACAAGUUUACUGGAGAAGUGGGGAACUGAGAGGCAGUAGAUUUGAGCACAUUUCCGCAGAAGCCGAGUACCAGGCUGUGUCUAACAAGGAUGAAGAAGAGUACUACUUCACAUUCAUGAGUCCAAGUGAUACAAAAUGGACCCUAUUAGAAACUGGUCAGCUGAUAAACAGAGGAGGGAAAGGUAAUGAUAUUGCAAGGGCUGAUAAUUGUUACGGUUACAACACUGAUGAUGGGUGCCAAAAGUGGGAGGAUCAGUUACCUACCUGCAGGCGCGAUGGCGAUGAAUUUGAGUCCAAGUCUGGUUACACCAAUCCAAACAUGAAAAUAGAUGUCGAAAACAUGAGUUAUGGCAUAAGUGAUUGUAAGGCUCUGUGCUGGAGCAACUGCACCUGCGUUGGAUUCUCAUCAUUUGACAGUAAUGGAUCUGGUUGUACCUUCUAUCCAUCGGCCGAAGGUACUAAUAUUGCAGGUGGCGGAGGUACCUUCUACAUGCUAGUAAACACCACCCAUCACAAAGGUUCAAAAUGGUGGAUGUGGAUGACUGGUGCAAUAGCAACUGUUCUGCUCAUAAUCUUCCUUUCCAUUUUGUGUCGAGCCAUAACCAAACGAGAAUAUGUGCGUCAAGAAAAAAGAAAGGGAAUGAUGACAGAGGUGCAGGAUCUCGAAACUUCUGGGGGCUUCGCUAGUGACAAUGAUUUAGAAAACAAUUUAAACGGCGCAGAUGACCUAAAAGUAUUUAGCUAUGCAUCAAUAAUGGUGGCUACCAAUGACUUUUCAUCUGAAAACAAGUUAGGACAGGGAGGAUUUGGACCUGUUUUUAAGGGAGUUAUAUCUUCAGGGCAAGAAGUUGCUGUGAAAAAACUUUCAAAUACUUCUGGACAAGGAGUUAUUGAAUUCAAAAAUGAAUUAACACUCAUAUCUAAGCUUCAACAUACAAAUCUCGUUCAGCUAAUCGGUCACUGCAUUCACCAAAAAGAGCGGAUGUUGGUUUAUGAGUAUAUGCCCAACAAAAGCUUGGACUUCUUUUUAUUUGAUUCUUCUGGAAGAGAGUUGCUAGAUUGGAACAAGCGCUUUAUAAUAAUAGAAGGAAUUGCUCAAGGACUAUUAUACCUUCACAAAUACUCAAGACUUAGAAUCAUCCAUAGAGAUUUGAAGGCUAGUAACAUACUCCUUGAUGAGAAUAUGAACCCAAAAAUUUCUGAUUUCGGUGUUGCAAGAAUGUUUACAUUACAAGAAACUGAAUCAAAUACCACCAGGAUUGUUGGGACAUACGGUUACAUGUCUCCCGAGUAUGCCAUGGAAGGAGUUUUCUCUACAAAAUCUGAUGUCUACAGCUUUGGAGUUCUACUCCUUGAAAUUGUUAGUGGUAGAAGAAACAAUAGCUUAUGCUCUGAAGAAAGACCACUUACUGCGGGGAGUUGGGUUUGGGGCCUCCCCUAUGGGGCUGCGCGCCCCACCCUUUUUUUUUAA